UGGAAGCCACUACUCUGCUACUCCUACGCGGCCAUGGACAUGCUUCCCACUUCCUUCGUCUUCGUAUAUAUGAAUCUGCACUCUGCAACUUUUUUUUUUAUAUUAAUCCCAAACCCUAGAAUUCGAUUUUGGUACCCUUUUUUUUUUUAAAAAAAAAAAUUGGAUUCAGAGCUCUUAUGUCUCCUCCGGCGAUCAUCGCAUUUGACGAUCACUUGACCCAGAAGGCGAAUGAUGACGAAUGGCAAGGAUUUAGGGUUUUUCCCGCUGAGAACCCUAACCCUAAUCUCAAUUUCUUGGUGAAGCAAGCGAUCCUGCAGAGCGAGAAAUCCGUCCGCCCGAUCUUCACCUCGCAUUCAUCGUCGUCGGCGACGGACGACAGCUUCAGAUUGGUGUUGCCGCCGGCAAUGCCUCCGCCGCGAGACUCCGCCGUGCCUCUUCCUGUUCUCCCGGAGUCGAUGAGAUCCGGAAAGAAGCUGACCCGUCACGAAUCGAUGGUUUCCCUGAGGAAAUCAUCUCGGUAUUCCGAGAAAAUCAUCUACGGAGAAGAGAAUUUCACAUGCAACCCAUUUCGCCUGACACUUCCAGGAUUCGGGAAACAGAAGCUGGUGAGAUCAUCGAAGCGAGAGGAUUCGAUGGAGAAGAAGAUGAUCAGAGCUUCGUCAUUCUCGAACUCAUCGACGAUCUCGACCCGUGCUUCGAUGGAGAAAUUCGAGUGCGGAUCAUGGGCUUCGACGACGGCGUUGGCCAUCGACCGUGGAAGAUUCUUCGAUUUGCCUGUCGAGAUGAUCAAAUCAGGAGGAGGACGAGAUUCGCAGAACCCAGUGACUUCCGGGCUCAUGUUCGAGAGAGAAUCGACGGAUCAUCAGGUUCUGAGAAGCGUUCUUAAGACGAGCAGCUCUCCGUCGCGACAACCUCGGAGGUCGCCGGAAAAUUCGCCGCCUCGCCGUGUCCGAUUCUCGGCGUCGGUUUCAUGUCCGAGUUCGCCGCGUUCGUCCAUUACUCCGAGGCUUCGAAAGGCAAGGGACGACUUCAACGCGUUCUUGGCCGCUCAGAACGUCUGAGAAAGCAGAGCACCGGAAACUCCAUACAUUUAUAUACACAUAAUGUAUUUAUGUCUCUCUGUACGUGUGUAUGUAUAUGUUUGUACCUAUCUAUGUAAGUAUUUCUGCGUAUAUAGCUAUGGAGGGACAGCAUUCGUUGUCCUGAACUGCGUUUGCCAGUAACUGAAAUUUCAGUGUUUGCAUCAACAUCCCUUGAAGAUCUUG